AUGCAGCUCCAGAAGCCAGAACUGCUUCGUGCCGUCCCGGCGUGGAGGGUGCUGAGAAAUUUCGGCCGGGUGCUGCGAGACUCUUCGGUCAACUCGAGGAAGCUGCGUGCGCUUUUUUUGCUGAGUGCCAAGGUACCCUUCAUCAAGGAGUUCUGGUCACACAGCUGGCACGGGAGGCAGUCCAUGAAGAUCUGGCUGCUGCUGAUGCUGAAGAAUGGGCUCCCUGCAGUUUGUGUGGGCACUUUUGCCGCAUUUCUUGCUGCCGGCCUGUCUUAUUUGGAGAUCCUCCCGGGAUGGUACAAAGCGCCACGAAUUCAAUCACCAGGCUUCUCCGGAGAAUUCAGGUACAGCUGUUGGGCGCUCUUCAGCGGUGUCGUAGCCUCCUUGCUGACGCUGCUUCUUUGGCGAUCUGGAGACCGAGUGUUUCUCGACCGGGUUUGCAUCCAUCAGGGGGACGAUGUUUUGAAGGCCCAGGCCAUCUUGCAUCUUGGCGCUUUCUUGAAAAGCUCAAAGACCCUUGUGGUGGUCUGGGAUGCGACGUACCUCUCCAGGCUAUGGUGUGUUUUCGAGCUCGCGGCAUUUCUCCACAGCCACAAAGAUGACGUGCAGGCGAAGCUUGUGAUCAAGCCUAUUGUGGUUGCGCCGCUAAUGUUCAUCAUGAUGACAGGAGGGGUUCUCAGUUUCGCUUUCGAGCUCAUCCUGCCCUCAAAUGGCCUUGUUCUCAUUGUUCAGGCAGUGUACACGCUUGGAUUGAGUUUGUUGGCCACCUACGUGCAAGAGCAUUUCUGGCACGAGGUAUUCACAGCCGAACAGCAGUUUCGCGCAUUCAGGUGGCAAGAGGUCACGUGCGCUUGCUGUUCGACGGGUCACCUCACCGCAGAUGGACAGCGCAUUCUGUGCGACCGGGUCAUUUUGGAGCAAUGCAUCGUUCAGUGGUUCGGGUCUGUAGAGGCUUUGGAGGCACUCGUGCGGACCAGCACGCGUGACACCUUCCUCCAGCAGGCCACUCGAGGCUUCCCUUUUGGGUACUUAUGGCUUUUGGGGGGCGGCUCCUUCAUCUUGUGGGGCCAGGCUGACCAUGUUGCAGCGCGGGCCCACGGAGGGGCACACUGGCAUGCCACCUCCGUCUUGAUUACGACAGUUGCAUGGUUUCUGUGGGUGUCGCCAAGUGCGUACCUCGUCUUUGGCAGAAUCGCACGAUGGAUGCAGAAGAAGCAGGGGGCGAAACUCAGUGCUCCCUCUUAUUGCACCGUCAAGUUUGCCGGGUACUCCGCCUCCGUUGUGAGUACCUUCUUGCCAAGCCUUUGGCAAUGGUGGCUUUACAGCACCCUCCUCGACCCCGUUCUUGCAGCCUUGGCAUUUGCAGGCACAAGCUUGGUCUUUGCCAUCCUGGCCUAUGGGCUGUUUGCCAACCCCCAGACGCAGCGCAAUCCCUCCGGCUAG